AUGGAAGUACCCGUACCCAUCAUCAAGAUUUGCUUGUUGGCAAGUUUAGUGAUAUUAUCCGCGGCAAGUGGGGAUGAAUGGGCUGGAUCCAAGUACCAAAUUGAGUGCACAAUGUGCUCAGCCUGUGACAAUCCUUGCACCACCCCUUCCCCACCUCCCCCAUCUCCGCCGCCCCCCUCCACCCUCAACUGCCCUCCACCACCGUCAGGCGGCACCAAUUACUACUCCCCACCGCCGCCGCCGCCGUCUACCACCAACUACCCACCCUACACUCCCCCUAGCGGGGGAGGUGUGGGUUAUUACUUCCCCCCACCCUACAAGAACUACCCCUCCGGCGGCCCAACCCCUCCCCCCCCUAACCCAAUCGUCCCUUACUUCCCAUUCUACUUCUACAACCCCCCACCCUCUUCUCCAUCCUCCUCCGCCGCUACCCAAUCCGAAACCUCUUUGCAGCUCAGAUUGAAGAUGAAGCCUGAUGAGGAGUAA